AUGGAGCACAUUCCGUUUCUUUAUACUUUUGUGAAGAUCUCCGUUCUUAGAGACUUCAAUAUUCACCACAAGCUUUGGCUUUCCUCUCCUUUCACUGAUCAUCCUGGAUCCCCCAAAGCAGACGUGCCUCUGGCAUUUCACAAGUUCCCAGCUGGGCUAUCUGAAAUAGGUAUUAUGCUGAUAUUCCUUGAAAUGACUACUGCUUCCAUGUCAGGGAUCCACCUCUGUGUGCUGCUGCCUCCAGCAUACCACAUGUCCAAACUGAAGGAGGAUGAGGCAUCUGUGGUUUGGACAAACUGGGAAUCCAACUUCCUCAGCUCUGAGGACAAUGUUAGGCAUGAUAUCGUCCACUUCCCGUCCAUCGCUAUCCGAAAGCACAGCCUCACUGACAGUACAGGGUCACCACAGGAGGCGGCAAAAGAAACACUAGUGUCAUGGGUUCGCACAACCAAAAAUGGAUGGAUGGGCAACACUUACACACUGCCGCACUAUCGUCGCAGAGGCUUGGCAAGCACCGCUACCUUGGCCCUGGCCCGUCAGAUGCUGCAGGAGAGCAUCUUUGCAAUCGUUGCCAUUGAAAAUACCAAUACUGCUUCCAUAAAAUUCCAUGAGGGUCUUGGUUUCAAGAGGCAGUGUGCAAUUUGUAUGGUUGUGCUCGUACCAGCUGCAACCACAGACCAAGAUUAUUCAUAAUAAGAUGAUCUCAUAAAAUGAUCGUAACAUCAUUUAUCACCAAAGCCAUCAGUUGGCUGAAAUUACCAAUGUCUGUCCACUAAAAACCUGCCAUUUCCUGUAUCCUGAGAGUGAAUCUCACUUCACAAUGCACCUGCAUCUAAAUAACACAAUUUUUUACAGACUUUGAUGCAUUUGGCAUGAUUCUGACAGUGAUUUCCGUCGCAAAUGGUCGUAAAUAACUUAACAAAGAAGCUUCCUCUUCGAUCUCCUAAAAGAUUUAACAAUCUUCAACCUGCCGCUUUGCGAUGAGGACAUUUAAGCCAAAAUCUACCCUAACGGAAUAGCCUCCUAACGAGAAGUGGGCUUUCUCUCUCAUGCUCCUCACAAGUUCGCUAAAGGCUACAAUAAGCACACUUUGGCUUGGGUGAGCUUGGGAUUUCCAACGAAAAUUCAAUGAGUAAAAUCUCAAAAAUCAUAAGGCAAUAAAAAAUCUCUUCAUUA